UCGUUGCUAUUUAAAAUAGCACGUGUAAAAUACAAGAGUCGCUAUAUAAAAAAUAAAAUAUAUAAAAGUGCUUUGGCGAUAAUGAAAAUAAAUUGCGUAACAAAUUAGCAUAGAAUAAAUAAAACAUCAACACGUAACCGCCAGAGAAAAUGAAACGAAAGUGAAGUGAUACUGAGACGUUUACUUCCGAUUUUGGCGCCAACGCGUGAAGACGUCGGUGUUGCUAUGUGCAAAUUUGUGUCCAAGUGAAAUGUGCGUAAUACGGAGCGCGCGGAUUCAAAAUUUCAAAAUUCGAAGAAGAAUGUUCUUAUUUUUUUUGGCGCUUGUGAAUUUGGCGGGAUGUUCAGAUACAGAUAAUGACGUGUUUACUAUGGAUGACAGUUUGGAAGCGUCGGAUAGGCGACGGCCGACGAAUGGACCAGAGAAGGACAUUUUGAUGUUAGACGCUUUAGGGAGGCGGAAGGGCUCCUAUAAUGGAUACAGUUCGUCACAGGAAGAUGAAUCUAUUAUGGAUUUAUUGGGGAAGAUGAUUCCACAAACCUGCCGAUACCGCGGCGCCCGGUACUCCUGCGGACUGAGCAUAUCUUGCGUCCUUGGGGGUGGGAAGCCGCUGGACCUCUGCUCUGGAGGUAUGAUAUGGGCGUGCUGUGUCGACCGGGACACCACGGAAAAGCCGUCAGAAAUAGCGCCCGUUGUCCAUAAUGCCAGUGACCUAAUCGAAAUCAUCGGUACAUUUCCACAAGACACGUACGACACAAAUCAUUUCGACCCGGUGAUCAUAUACACGGAUAACCGGCCGAAACCGCAUUACAAACCGGACACGAACCGGCCGGAACCAGACGCGAACCGGCCGAAACCGGACUGGAACUAUUUCCAAGUUAAACCGUCUUACCAUGAGAGCACUACGGAGUUCUACCAGGACCCGUUCUUGGGCCACGACGGUGGUGAUGAUUAUAUACCAGUGCACGGUCAUUUUAAUAGACCGAGUUAUCCGGGUUGUGGGGAACACUUCACACGCUCGAAUCGUAUUGUUGGAGGCCACUCUACCGGCUUCGGCUCCCACCCUUGGCAGGCUGCGCUGAUAAAGUCUGGCUUCCUGAGCAAGAAGCUCGCGUGUGGAGGCGCUCUUAUAUCUGACAGAUGGGUGAUUACCGCCGCCCAUUGUGUUGCCACCACCCCAAACUCGCAGCUGCGAGUCCGGCUCGGCGAGUGGGACGUGCGCGACGCGGGCGAGCGCUACUCGCACGAGGAGUUCGCCGUGCAGCGCAAGGAGGUGCACCCCGCCUACGAGCCCGCCGACUUCCGCAACGACGUCGCGCUGGUCCAGCUCGACCGGGGCGUGGUGUUCAAGCAGCACAUACUGCCGGUGUGCCUUCCACAAAAGCAGAUGAAGUUGGCGGGCAAGAUGGCGACCGUCGCGGGCUGGGGGCGGACGCGCCACGGACAGAGCACUGUGCCCUCUGUGUUACAGGAGGUGGACGUGGAGGUGAUCCCGAACGAACGCUGCCAGCGCUGGUUCCGCGCGGCCGGCCGCCGCGAGACCAUACACGACGUCUUCCUCUGCGCCGGCUAUAAAGAGGGAGGUCGGGACUCCUGCCAAGGGGACUCCGGAGGUCCCUUAACCAUGAAGCUGGAGGGUCGAAGCACCCUUAUUGGUCUAGUGUCUUGGGGCAUCGGCUGCGGCCGAGAACACCUCCCCGGGGUGUACACGAACAUACAGAAAUUCGUACCGUGGAUCGAUAAACUUGUUAAUACGUGAUAAAUUUUAUGUGUUAAACAUUACUCUUCUUCUAGCAGCCGGGUAAUAAUCGAUUUAGGAAACGUAAAAAAUUUAAUUUGUAAUAAAUGAACUCAAAUGCUGUCGUACAAAAGCUAAUGUGGUUUUUGUGAAGGAUUUUUCUAAAAAAUGUUGCGACACAAUAUGUUUUGAGAAUGCUUUUAUAAGCUUCACCUGUAUGUUUGUAUGUUGCUGACUCCUUUAGACUCGAUUUAGAACCGGAAUUCGCGAAGAUGCAGCAUUGUACGAAUAAUAUCAUACAGGAAUGAAUUCAUUUGCUCUUUGUGAUAACUUUUGGUACUGAAAUUUUCGGAAUUUAAAUUAAAUUUAUAAGACUAAGAAAAUUACAAUAUUUUCAAACCUGAUGUCUUAUAUUUAAAAUUUGUAAAAGCUCUCUUUGAUAUCUAGAUACUCUUUGUAUCUUGAAUGUGAAUUAAGGUUAAAAUUGCUAGAAUUUGAUGUGAUAUAUUUAAAGUUAAGCACUUUAAAAACUCUUUAAAAGCGACCGAGUGCUUUUUAAAAUAGCGCCAUCUAGUCUCAAACAAACGAAACUUGUGGGUACGAGACGAUUUUAAAUAUUUUAUUCCUGUAAAUACUAAUUAAAUUGUUAACUACUCAAACUUAAAAUUACAACCAGUGAGAUGAGAUUAAAUAAACCAGGUUAAAACCGUUUUUGUUUAAUGUUGCUGUAUUUAAAAAAUGAUAAUUAUGCAAUUAAGAUACUUAAUUAAGAUCUCUAAAUAGUCUAAUUUUUACGAAAUAGAGGGCUUCAAAUUGGUAAGAAUCUAUCUCAUACCAGUCAAAAUGAAUGAAAGGGACAAAAAUAUUUUGGUAUUUUUGAUGUUUCGAUAUACCUUAAUCAUAUUUAUAUAAUUAAAGUAUAUCUUUG